ACGUGUGACUCACAACAACCACUACUAUAGCUGACCAUGACCUCCUCGUCUUCCUCUGGAUCAUCAUCUACCACACAACACUCCACAGGUAAGCACCCAAUUUACAGAGGAAUCCGAAGCCGUAGCGGAAAGUGGGUAUCAGAAAUCCGUGAGCCACGUAAGAGUACCCGCAUAUGGCUCGGCACUUUCCCUACUCCUGAAAUGGCCGCUGCUGCCUAUGAUGUAGCUGUCCUCGCUCUUAAGGGUGUCGAUGCCACUCUCAAUUUUCCUGAUUGUGUACCUUUCUAUGCUAUCCCUGCCUCUGCUUCACCUUCCGAUAUACGUAGUGCAGCUACAGCUGCUGCCGCUGCUAGGAUGCCAAAGCCGGUAACCUUUGAAAGCUCAGUACUAAGAAGCAUGAACGCCUCAAAAAACGUUCUUUCCACAGUAAUAACUCCUCCACCUGUACCACCACCGGAAGAAGAAGAAGAAGAAGAAUUUGUGGAUGAGGAAGCCCUGUUUGACAUGCCCAAACUGCUUGUUAAUAUGGCUGAGGGAAUGCUCAUGAGUCCACCAAGAAUUAACUCGCCGCCUUUUGAUGACUACUCCAAUGAAAGUUCAGAUUUUGAUAGCCUCUGGAAUUACUAUUAGAGGAGCGUUC